GCGGCCCGCGGUCAGUCAGUUUGGCCGGCGCGGUGCAAGUGAAAGGACGGGGCAAGCUUGUCUCUCCUUUGUGAGUGUCGUGGCUCGCGCGCUCUUCGCUCCGCCCUCCUCUCCGCUGCUCCGCCCGGCAUGGGGGUGGCCGCCGGGAAGCCCUUGAUGUUGUGAUCGCGCGCGUGUGCUCGCGUGUGUGUGCGUGUUGUGUCUGUGUGCGUGCGUGUGUGUGUGUGCGACUUGUGCGACUUGAACUCAGUGCCGCCCCUCUGCAAUCAUGAUGACGGGCAUAGAACUGAUACUGUUGUUGGUGGUGCUUGGAUUUUUGUGGAAUUCGAGGUGGGUGCUGCUGAUCUUGAAUCUAAAUCUGUCAGUUUAAGAAAUAUUCUGCAGGAGGAAUUUGCUCCUAAUAGCGGCUACAUAUCUCGAACUUUCAAACAUCUUGCCCAAGUCUACAAUCUCAGGAAAUUUGACUAUCCUACUAUCAAUGAAUCAGUGUUAAAAGAUGAACGUUUGAAGGAAGCAAUUGAGCACACUGCCAAAGACCAAUGUAAUCAAAGAGGAGAAACAAGUCAAGAUGCCCUCAACAAAUUAAUUCAUCAACAUGAACUAAGAGCAAAACGUCUUUUAGAUGACAUGCGAUCAAAACUUUCUGAUCUUCUCUUGAGAGUUACAUCAUGGGUGAUGUUGAAAGUGUUGCCUUGCUUUUUGACAUCAGUUGUGGUACAUCCCAGUCAAGUGGAGAUGUUGCAGAAAGCUGGACGAAGUGGUUUGCCGUUAAUCUUUUUACCACUUCACCGGUCUCAUCUUGACUACAUUCUUGUCACUUUCAUUCUAUUGAAUAUUGAUGUCAAAUCUCCUAUGGUAGCAGCUGGAGACAAUCUGAAGAUUCCAGUAUUUGGUGGGCUUCUACGUGGUCUUGGUGCUUUUUUUAUUAAGAGGCGAAUGGACCCUGUUGCUGGACGGCGCGAUACUGUCUACCGUGCUGUACUUCACACUUACAUGAUGCACUCUCUGCGUGCUGGUCACAAUUUGGAGUUUUUUGCUGAAGGAGGGCGCACAAGGACAGGGAAAGCGUGCAUGCCAAAGGGAGGUCUUCUGAGUGUUAUUGUGGAUGCUUACAUGGAUGGAACUGUCGAGGAUGCUUUGUUGGUUCCUGUUAGUCUGAACUAUGAGAAACUUGUUGAUGGAAAUUUUACCCGAGAACAAAUGGGCCAACCUAAGCAGAUGGAAUCAUUCACAUCUGCCAUAAGAGGUAUCUGGAAAACAUUGACAUCUAAUUAUGGCUCAUGCCGCAUUGACUUCAACCAACCAUUCUCCCUUCAGGACAUGAUAAAGUCAUUCCAGCAAUCUCAGAUAUCACAUCUGCGAAGAAAUGUGCUUGGUGAUGAAGAUGAGGAGGAACAUCAAAAGUCGAAGAGAAAUGGAAAGAGAGUGCUGCAAUCUACACCAUCUAGCUCCUCUUUGUAUGGUACUGAUGUAGUUGUGGAAGAGCACAGGCAAUUAGUAGAAAGCAUUGCUAGACAUGUUAUUCACGAUUGCACAAAAUCAACUGCAGUUAUGACAACCAACAUUGUUUCAUUUCUUCUUCUUUCCUCAUUCCGUGAUGGUGCACCCAUUGAAGAAAUAGCUAUUGCACUAGACAAUUUGAGGAAGGAAUUGGAAUGGUCCGGAAGGGAUUGCGGGUUCUCAGGAGAUUCCGUGGAUGUAAUUAAUUAUACAGUUGAGCUAUUAGGAACUAAUCUUGUGAAAAAAGAAAAACAAGUAUUAAACGGACAAGAGAAAACAUUAGUUAAACCUAUUACUUCUCUGCCAAAUGUCAUAGAACUAGCAUACUAUAGUAAUGGACUGCUUUCACACUUUGCCAUUGAAUCUGCUCUAGCCACAGCAAUAGUCUCCCUUAUUGAAUAUGACCCAACUAGCCCUACAGCAGAAGUUGUUGAGAAAAAGAAAUUCACUCAUGAACAAAUUUUGGAACGGACCAAAGAAGUGUGUGAUGUCCUUCAAUUAGAAUUUAUUUUUGCCAAAGCUUGUCAAAAUCUUGAUUCUCUCAUAAGUGAAGCUAUUCAAGUCAUGAUAGAAAAAGAGAUCUUAAGCACUGAACAGGAAAUGUAUACUGAAGAACAAGAAUGGGGUAAUCGGUAUGCUAAAACCAUGGAAGACAGUGAUGAGGAGUUUGAGGAAAAUCCAGGCCCUCCUUAUGAAGUUAAUGUUAACAACAAGGAGUCAAUGAAGACACUAAUGGGCCGUGAAUGCCUUGUGCGGCCUCUUAUUGAUACUUAUAUUGUAACAGCUAUGUCUCUGAGGUUCCUAGUUGAUCAAGAAGUUACUGAAAGGGAUUUGAUGAAGAAAAUCCUGAGUGAGGUCCAGUUGCAGCUUGACCAGGGAUUUAUUAAUCAUGCUGAGAGUGUGUCUACAGACUCAAUCAAAAAUGCUUUAAAACUGUUUGAGCGAUGGGGUGUAGUGGAAUGUCAUACUCAAGAUCGCAUCAAGCUAUAUUAUUUAAGUCCUGAUUUUGAUAAGAUAGAGAGUUUAUUGGAAGUUGUAAACCACAUUGGGCAGUACAAAAUCAACUUCCAGAAUGAAGAAGCAGUAAAGCCAACUCCUUGAUUCAAAAUUCUACUGACACUUUAACUAUAAGACUGGCUGUGUUUGUAUCAGAACCUGAUAUUUUCUAAUCUGAAAUUUAAGUUUGGGUUAAGAGCCAAUAUGUAAUAUUUAGUUAAUAUUUAUUGGUUCCUGAAGGCUCUGUAUGAUUUAUAACUUACUGGAGUCAGUGGGAACUGUGACUUUUGUUCUGAAAAGUUUCAUGCUUCAAAUAGUAUUUUCCAGUUAAUGUUUAUUUUCUUUUACAUGUUUUACACCUUGAAUACCAGGGUCAGUCAAUUAAAGUUGUAUGACACCUUCAAAACAGUUUGUUUCUUUUGCCAUUUUCCGUUUUGCUUUUUAGGUUUUCAUUAUAGUACGUAAUUCUGUACCAAUUCAUCAAGCCCUGAUAAUUGUCUUGAUUUUUUCAUAGGUCAAUGGCAUUUAUUGUACCUUGUUCUACUGUCAGAUAUAGGUGUUAUGUUAUCGCAAAAGUAAACUCAAAGAACUUAUCUUGUAAUGUUCUAGUCUUUGUAUAGAUUGUGUGUGAGUACGUAUGAAUUUGUGUGUUUGCAUAUGUGUGAUUGUUCCAAGGUGUCUUAUGAGAUUUUUUAAUUGUUUUCCCAUGUGUGAUAUUCUUCAGUUAUCAUAGCUGAAAGCCUUUUAAAAUCUUUACACCUAGAUGUGUCGGUGUAACAGGCAUAGUCCAUAAGUGCUAUAAGUUUAUUGGUCUUUUCUUUAAUUUAUUUUCAUUCUGACUCUGAGUCAUGUUAGCCUCGUAAACUUUGACCAAUUUUAAUUUUGUUUCAACUGGUAUUUGCUGUGCAUAUCUAAUAUCCUCUGAGGUUGGGGCCAAAAUCAACAUAGUUUGUCAAUUUGGAAGAGAGAAUAAUGUGAGACUGCAUUUGCAUUGGUUUCUGUACUUUUGUAUAUUCUUAAUCUUAACUUCGGAAUCAGCACUGAAAUAUUUUUAUCAUGAAGUGCUCUCUAACUUAAAGAGGCAUGCUGUAUGUCCAGCAACCUCAAUAUUGUAAUGACUGACUCUUUCCAGAAAUCCUUUUCCUUUCUAUGACUUGGGAAAAAUUUAUGUGCGUACAUGGUUUGUUCAGUUGUGCCAUCUGUGUUUCUACUUUUUUAAACAAAUUUCCAUUUCCGCUUUUGGAAGUUAUGAAUUAGCUUUCAUAGUUUAAUUUUUCUGUACAUUCCACACAGGUCAGAAAAGCUAAUGUAUAUAGUUAGAAAAUACUUUUGAAUGGGGAAUUUGUUUUCAUGAACAUGAGCCAUCAUCUUUCUUGUGUGUGUACAAAAUUAUAGGCUGCUAAUUGAAUUGAGAGUUAAAAACUAGAAAUAAACUAGUUUCAUUAGUUGGCUUCUACUAGACAUGAAUACUGUUCUGUUAGUGUAAGUCCAUACAAGUUGUGAUUUGUUGUUUUAAGUGUGUCACGAAUGAUUUAUUUUUUCCUCUGAUAAAAUGUCUUGUAACUGCUGUUACUAAAUAUAACAUUUUUACUCGUUCUUUA